AUGAGCAACGUCCUAAGACUUCCAAUAUUUUUUCAGGGCACUGAAGAAAUUGAAGGCAUAUUCCUUGACACAUCAAACUUAGGUUUUGAUGUCAAGCCUACUGCUUUUGAGAAUAUGUUGAACCUUAGAUUGCUAAAAAUUUACAGUUCCAAUUCUGAGAUCCAUCCUGUAUUCAAUUUUCCCAAGGGCCUCCUCCUUUCUCUUCCUAAGGAGCUAAGCCUCCUCCACUGGGAGAACUAUCCUCUGCAAUGUUUGCUUCAAAAUUUUGAUCCUAUUAACCUCGUUGAAAUCAAUAUGCCGUACAGCCAGCUUCAGAAACUUUGGGAUGGGACCAAGAACCUGAAGAUGUUGAGGACGAUCAGGUUUUGUCAUGCCCAGCAACUAGUUGAUAUUGGCGAUCUUUUAAUUGACGCUCAAAAUCUUAAGGUAAUUGAUCUCCAAGGUUGUAUGAGACUGCAGAGUUUCCCAGCCACAGGUCAAUUGCUGCAUUUACGAGUCCUAAAUCUCUCAGGUUGCACAGAGAUCAAAAGUUUCCCGGAGGUUCCAUCAAAUCUUGAGACACUGCAUCCCCAGGGAACUGGAAUAAGAGGAUUACCACUUUCCAUUGUUAAGCCGAAUGGCGGAGAGCUUGAGAGUCUGCUAGCAGAAUUCCAGGGUCUUUCAGAUGCCUUGAAACUUGAGCGUAUAACAGGUCUGGUGAAGUCUAGCUCAUCUUGUCAAGAUCUUGGCAAGCUUAUUUGCUUGGAUCUGAAAGAUUGUUCUGGUUUGCAAAGUCUGCCGAACAUGGGUAAUUUAGAAUUUCUCAAAGUUCUUGAUCUGUCUGGCUGCUCAAAUCUCGAGAAUUCAGGGUUUCCCCCGAAACCUGAAAGAGUUAUAACUUGCUGGCACUGCGGAUCUUCUGUAAUGACACAGCUGAAUCCUAUUUGGAAGAGUACGCUUAUGGGAUUUUCUAUGGUAGUCGAAGUUGCAUUUUCGGAAGGUUACUAUGAUGCUGCAGGUGUUCGAAAAGUCCAAAAGGAUCAUAUGUUUGUCUUCUAUGAUGUUAAAAUGCGUCCAAAUACUGGUGAUGGAAAUGAUCCCAAUAUCAUAGCUGAUUUAGUUGUAUUUGAAUUCUUUCCUGUCGACAAACAGAAGAAGUGUCUAGAUGAUACUUGCACAGUGACAAGAUGUGAAGUCUAUGUAAUAACUGCUUCAACUGGCAAUACAAGUCUUGAGCAUAUAUCAACAGUUUUGUCUUUGGAUCAACUUGAGUUCUCUGGUAAUAAAGUUGAAGAAGUUCUGAGAGUCAGCUAUGAGGGUUUACAAGAUAUAUACAAAGCAUUAUUUCUUUACGUAGCAUGUUUGUUCAAUGAUGAGGAUGUUAAUCUGGUGGCACCACUUAUUGCUAGCAUUGACGUGGACGUUAGUCUUAGCCAAUAG